AUGGACAAUUGCGAAAUUCCAGACGGCGAGUACGACCUCCUAUGCGAGCUGGCGUUCGUGCUAAUUGUAGACACUUUUCGUCCAGACACUCUGGACUCAAGCGGCGAAUCGAUGCUCUUGAACUUCGAUGACGAGUAUAUUCUGGAGUCCUCGGCCAAGGACGGUGUGUCCAAGCUGUUUUUUGAAGGCAAGCGGCCGCCCGCUGGCCACGGACACUCGGAUCAUGUAUUGAUCUACAACGAGACGGCAGGCGAGUUUAGUCUCGAGAGGUUGGACUCUGUGGUGAAAAUGAGCAAGUCGCGGGAGCCCGAGAAGCUGCAGCAGCGGAUGAAGACGCUGUUGAGCCAACACGCCUGCGGCGAGGUGAGAAAAGAGCAGGCUUCUAAGAUAAGGAAACCAGCUACAGCACCACGGCCGCGUCCUCUGUCGGCGCCGUCGCUGGCCAGGGCGAGGCAGAAAAGAGAACCGUCUACAAGAACCAUAUCGACUCGUUCGUCGAAGCCCUCAAAAGCGCAGGAGUCAUUUCCGGAGAUCAAACGGCGAGAGUCCGAAAACCGCGAUCCGCCGAAAUCAGCCGUCUCCGAGGAAGACCUCGAGUUUGACAGGGAAUUUGACGAGGCGCUGGAGGGACUGGACGACGAAGUCAGCGAGGAAGAGUAA